AUGGAUCAAUUUCGCGGUUUGUUUGUCAAACUGGAUCAAGACAAGGAUGGAUUCAUAUCUCUGUCAGAGCUGCAAACCGAGAUGAGGAAGCAUGGGAUCCUGUCAACGGAUGGAAAGGUCCAGAAUAUAAUUGAUUCUUAUGACAAAGACAAAGAUGGCCUGCUGGAUUACACAGAGUUCCUCAGCUACAUGAUGGCCAGAGAGAAGAAAUGGAAAAUAUACUUUCAUGACCUUGACAAGAACAAAUGUGGAGUGAUUGACCAGGAGGACAUCAUAUGUUUGUUUAAGGAGUUAGGAGUGGUCUUAACAAAGCCGAAUGCAAAAAAAAUAAUACAAAUGAUGGACAAGGACAGUUCGAUGACAGUGGACUGGGAUGAAUUCCUGCAUCAUGUCAUCCUCAACCCUGCGGAUAACAUCGGGGAGCUGGUGUCCUCGUGGAAACACAGUCUGGUUUUUGAUGUGGGAGAGAGCCGUGCGAUGCCCAUCGAGUUUCCUGAAGAGACGUCUGGUUUUGGUGCAUGGAAGACGUUUGUUCUCGCAGCAGGUCUGGCAGAUGCUGUAUCCCGAACUGUGACGGCUCCCAUCGACCGCCUCAAGACCCAACUUCAGGUUCAUGGAUCCAAGGCCUUCUCUCAAGGCUUUCAGGAGAUGAGGACAGGUGGUCUGCGGUCCAUGUGGCAAGGCAACGCCGUCAACGUGCUGAAGGGAACACCGCAGUCGACGCUUCAGUGUCUCAUCUACGCCCAGAUGAAGAUCUACACCCAAAACAGAACCCAGGAGGCUCUGACGGUGCAGCAGCGUUUCGGUUUGGGUUGUGUGUCCGGUGCCGUCGCUCACGCUGCCUUCUACCCUUUAGAGGUGUUGAAGGUGAGACUGAACCUGCAGCAGGUCGGCACCUAUAACGGUGUUGUGGCGUGCGCCCGAUCCAUUUACAGACACGAGUCUUUGUCUUCGUUUUACAGAGGAUUCAAACCCAGCAUCCUCUGUAUGAUCCCGUAUGCAGGUGUGGAGUGUGCUGUUCAUCAGUCGAUCAUGAACUGGGCGAGAAGUGAUCCGGCCUACAACAGCGACUCCAAACUGUUUUUCUUCAGUUUUGUGGCCUUUUCUUCUGGACAAAUUACCAGUUACCCGCUGGCAGUGAUCCGAACUCAGCAGCAAGCCAAAGCUUUCUGCUCAGAUUCACGUUCCACCUCAGGCGUACUGCAAGGACUUCUUGGGAUAUAUGAAAGACGUGGAAUUAGAGGAUAUUAUAAUGGGAUGGGAGCCAGCUUCGUUAGGGCUAUUCCCUGUGCCCUGAUAAACUACACUUUAACUAGAAAAUUUGAAGAUCUGUUUUCCUCAAUGGAGUCUUGA